AUGCUCGCAAGGGUGGGGAUCCCCAAUCGAGCACCCAAUCGCUCCUCCACUGCAGCAGCAGUCCGCGCAGCUGACUGUGCCACUCCUUCCCUCCACCCUCCCCCUCCCCCUCUCCCUUCCCCUCUCCCUUCCCCCCUGCCUCCCCCUCCUCUUCCCCCCUCCCCCUCCCCCUCCCCCUCCCCCUCCUCCGCCCGCUCCCCCAGUGCCCCCGGCGCCCAUGGCUUGGCUGUGCGAGACAAAGCGAGCGCCCAGGCCCAGCCUGAGAGGAGGGGGCAAAGGAGGGGAUGCGGGGAGGAGAUGGGGGGGGAUGGGAGGGAAGAGGGGAUGGGGCGAGGGAUGAGUUUUGAGUCGACUUAA